ACCAACCACCUCAAAACCCAACUCUUUGAACUAAACAAUGGAACCAUUCUUGUUCACCUCACUAACUAUGGCGCCACCAUUACUUCCCUCUUCGUUCCUGACAAACAAGGCAAUCUUGAUGAUAUUUUUCUUGGGUUUGACUCUGGAAGCAAAUAUGGUCAGUUUUUAAAAGGAAAUCCACCUUAUUUUGGUUGCAUUUUGGGUCGGGUUGCAAACAGAAUCAAGGAGGGGAAAUUCACCCUCAAUGGGAUCGAUUACUCUUUGGCUGUAAACAAUGGGCCAAACAAUCUCCAUGAUUGCUCUUCAGGUGGUAAUAAGGGAUUUGACAAAAGUUGUGUGAGAUGUUGGGGAAGAAAAUGUGGAGAACAACCAUAUAUUACCUUCAAGUAUGAAAGUCAUGAUGGGGAGGAAGGAUAUCCUGGAGGAGUUACUGUAACUGCUACUUGUACACUAAUUUCGAGUAAUUCAUUGCGGUUGGAUAUGGAAGCGGUGCCCAAAAGUUAGUCUACUCCAAUCAACUUAGCCUAGCACACCUAUUGGAAUUUAGCAGGCAACUCUGGGAAUGUGCUGGAGCAUUUGGUUCAGAUAUAGGGAUCCCAAAUAACGCCUGUGGAUCAGAACUCAAUUCCAACUGGUGAAUUCUUGCCGGUUAAAGGCACAGCUUUUGACUUCACUUCAGAGAAGAAAGUUGGAAGGUCAAUCAGUGAAGUUCAGUGUUUAGGGUAUAACCAUAACAAUGUCCCUGAUUGUAGAGAAGACAAAACAGGCUUAAAACAUGCAGCUACAGUGAAAGACCCUAGCCAUAGAGUGUUGAACUCAUGGACAGAUGCACCUGGCGUGCAUUUCUACACUGCGAAUUAUCUGAAUAAUGUCUCUGGAAAAGGUGGGGUUGCAUGUUUUGAGACUCAGGGCUUUCCAGAUGCCAUUAACCAGCUAAACUUUCCUUCUAUUGUUGUUCAUUCUGGAGAAAAAUACAAACACACAAUGCUAUUUGAGUUUUCAGUUAAGCAGAUUUUUUAUCCCGUCACUUAGAAUUAAAGAGGUAAUUUUGGCUUUAUUUGAUUUAAUUUCUUGUGGUUUGGGAGCUGGAGGCUUUCUUUUUGGUCGCCAUAGUUUCUUUUUUUCUUUUUUUUAUUUUAAGUUGGAUUAUAUGAGAGAAUUCUAAACAACAAUUUAUUAGUGGAUAAUUGGAUCUCGAGAUUUGUGGAGUGCA